AUGCCUACCGUCCCGUCAACAAGUGUUCUUGCCUCGUCUUUCGAUAAUGAUCAACCUCUUAUCCUCGCUUCCGCCCCGUUCAGCCUCCAGGAUGAGUCAAGCGGCCCCACGCCUGAUCCAGAGCUCGACGACGUGGUCCUCGUUCCCCAAGAGCAAGGCAAUGCUGUGACUGCAACGCAUCAUAUCCCGCUCGCGUCCCAUCAGCCCAUCAAGCCACAUCUCUCGCUCGAGAACCUUGUCCUCCAUUCCCCCUCUUCAGGCAUCGUCGGCACCCCAUUCGACCUCUCCCCGCGCUUCGAGUAUCCCUUCCCCGACGGUGCAGAGUUCCCAGACUCCCUCCCAUCCUCCGUCUCCCUCCCCAACCUCACUUCUCCCUUUACUAUGCUCGGACUUCCCAUGUUCCUUCCCCCUUCCCUUCCGCUCUCCACUUUCCCGCGCCCCCGCCCUGACACUCGCGGAUACCUUUCGACGCACCCUAAGCUCCACGUGCGCGAGCCUCCGGUACCACCCAGCCUUGCAAAGAAGCGGCGCAUAGUCAGGGACCAGUCCCCCAGUCGCCACGGAAGCCUCAGCCUGGGGCUCACUGCCGGCCAGCGCCUCGUUCAGGAUGCUCACAAGCGCUCCGUAAGCCUCGAGAGACGCCUCAGCGAUGAGACGGUCGUGAGCGACAGUAGUGCCGACGGUCGUAUCAAGCCUUCAGUGUACCUGAAGGAACACCUCACGCCAUUUGUUGCAAACCCAUCCCUGACUCUCAAAUCUUCGUCCGAGGUGACACUCGUCCUAGACGACAACCAUAAAGUUGGUCAGCCUCCCGGCAGCCUUAGCUCUGACACAGACUCCCUUGGAGACUCACUUGGAAGCCUUGACGGCGAGGCCCCAUCCGAAGAGAAACAUCAAAUAACUUGUUCUGAUACUCAGCUCCGUUCUUUCGCGCCAUCUACCCUACGCGCAGACCCGGUCGUAGACCUCGCUUCUGAUGUGUCGAACACUCCUGCAUCAAUACACGCUGUGCAGGCCGUCCUGCCAUCAUAA